UCGAGCGCGGCAAUCUCGGCGGCGACAUGUGGCGCGGCGUUCGCGUCAUCGUGACGACGCGUCCGUGCGCGGCGGUCCGGGACCUGGCGAAGUGGCAGCUGCGCAACGAGCGCUGCCUCUGGAUGACGGGUUUCUCGCCGGUGAACGUGCGACGCUACGUGAACACAGCGCUGGACGAUGAGUGGCUGGAGGGGGACUUCUAUCGCGCUCUGGAGCAGCCCGACAACGUGCUCCGCUCGGUGAUGUGCACGCCGCUGUACUGUGCACUGGGAGUGGACCUGUUCAAGCGCGGAUACAACACACACUUCACCACCUACCCGGCGCUGCAGGAAGCCGUCCUGCUGCACAUCCUGGAGACCGCCACGGACGCGGCCGAGCAGAGAAAGGACCCGGGCUACGUAGCGCCUCACCUGCGGCAGCGUCGGCGACGAGACGACGUCAACAGCGCGGAGAGCGGCACCAGAGGACGGCCAGUCAAGUCGCCGGCCAAACCCACCGCCGGCGCAGCAGCAGCCACUGGCAACACUAGCAACACGCAGGUGGUGACCCGGGGCCAGUUAAAAACACCGUUCACGAGUGGUGGCAGGCCCGCGACAGCCGACGACGAUAACGACGACGAUGAUGGGGGUGCCCUACCAAGGUUCAGGUCGUUUGCCGAUGCCAAGCCGGAGCUGCUGCAGACGCUGUGCGAGGUGGCCAGGUUUGCGUUCAACAUGCUUUCGAUCGGCGAGACCAUGUUCGACGAGCGUGAGCUGGAGGAGGCGCGCCUGAGCCCGGCCGCUCGCCGCCUCGGCCUGCUGGUUAAGUGCAAGGGCGGCAGCCGGGGCCUGAGCGUGUACUUCAUACUCAAGGCUCACCAGUACACGUUUGUCCAUGCGACGCUGCAGGAGACCCUGGCGGCGUGGUACGCGCGGCACUGUCUGAUUGAGGUCGGGCCCGCGGACCGACACGUCCACACGGCACAGCAGCUGAUGAUGCAGAUGUACGGGCGCGUGGCACCAAUGUUUAUGUUCUGGCACCUGCUGCUGGUCUGGACGGGGGCAGGCGUGACAGAGGCGCUGGUGCAGAUCCUGUACCGGCAGCACUACCACCCGCACUGGAGCAGGACGCAGUACGGCAGCACCAAGCGAGAGCCGGUCGCGCCGCCGCGCCGUCGCUUCUACGGAGUCACGACGACGCGCAGCCAUGCCCCGCAGGAUUUCCCGGACGACGUGGCCUGCGUGCGCGCCCCGCGAGAGCUGGACAGGCUGGCGUCGUUCUUCGACAGGGAGCUGUCGGCGGCCAUGCGACUGCAGCUGACGUUCGCCCUGCUCCAGAAGCAUGCCGCCGCCGACCCCGACGCCAAGCCCAAGCCGCGCCCUUGGGAGCCCCACCCGCAGCCCGUCCAGGACCACGGCCAUGAAGACGUUCGGCUGUUCCUUGUAGAGCUGGAGAGGCAACACGACGAGCACCUACGGGAGCACGAGAAAGAGCAGCAAGGGGACCACCGGCACCCGCCGCCCGAAAAAGAGCACAAUGAGAGUGGACGGCCGGGAAAGAGGGUACAGGAAACACCAACGACAGCAGUGGCAAUGGCGGCUGCGGUGCACAGGCAGCAACCACAUACGCUGCUGCGGAAGCAACAAAACCAGCAACCACCGCAGCCGCCUCAUAAGCAGCAACUACCGCCACAUAAGCAGCAACCACCGCCACAUAAGCGGCAAUCGCCGCCAUAUAAGCAGCAACCACCACAUAAGCAGCAACCGUUGCAGAAGCAGCUCAAGUUACAACCAGGGAAGAACCUUACACAGCUCACGCAGAAGCAGCCACAACAGCAGAAGCAGCCACAACAGCAGCAGCAACAACAAAUGCAGCAGCAACAACAAAAGCGGCCGCAGCAACAAAAGCAGCCGCAGCAACAAAAGCAGCCGCAACAACAAAAGCAGCAGCAACAACCGCAGCGGACACAGCAACCACAGAAGCCACAACAGCAGCCAAUGCCGGCACCGCAGCAGUCGAAACAGCAGAAACAACACCACCAGCAGCACCAGCAACCUCAGCAGAAACAACACCAGCAGCGGCAGCAGCAACAGCAGCAGCAGAAGCAGAAACAGGACCAACAUCACCAACAACAACAGCUGGUUCGGCGGACACAGCAGCAGCAGCAGCAGCAACAGCUAAUUUGGCGGACGCCGCCAGAGCAGCAGCGCGCAUCACUGUGGCAACAGCGGAUGCAACAGGAGCAGGAGCAGCAGCGGCAGCAACUCAAAAUGCCAUGGCAACCAUGCCCGUGCCUAGCACAUCAACUCAUGCCGCCGGACUAUUCACAAACAUUUGCAGAACAGCGGCAAAGGUUAGUAUACCGCCACCACCAGCAGCAACAACAACAGCAGACAGAAGAGGAUGACGACGAGGACGAAGAUGAAGAUGAGGACGAGGACGAGAAGGAAGAGAAACGGCGUCAGAAAGAGCAGAAGAAACAGCUCAAGCUGCAGCAGCAGCAUAAGCGGCCAGGCCAGAAACUCCCAACAACGGUGUGCGGAUGCAUACUGAAGCGGCAGCGACACAAGCAGGAGCUACUGCUGCAGCGGCAACGGGAAGAGGAAGAGCGGCGACUACUGGAGCCAAUACUGGAGCUGCAGCGGCAGCGAGAACAGGCGGAGGAGGAAGUGCGACGACGCCAGGGACAGCGGCAGAAGGCAAAGAACGGCUUCGAGCUGGAAAGAAAAGAGGCGCGGAGGAUCCUAGAGCCCCAGCCUGGACAACAGCAGCGAGAAGCAGAGAGGAAAGCCAACGGCGGGAGCAACAAUAGUAGGAGACGCACGUUCUUGCUUCCACGCUCUAUGCGCAAGAGUAUGCACAAGUACAAGAAUAUGCCGAAACGGCCCAAGUUCAAGGCCGACACGGAGCUGAAGGAGCUGGAGGUGCCGAACGUGUGGCCAGACAUGAAACCCGCGCUGGAGUUGUGGACGCGCUACGAACCGUUCGCGUGCGCUCCCGCUCUCUGGUUUGUCCUGCUGGACGUGGACCGGAGAGUGACACUGGACAGGGAGCUGUGCCAGCGUCUCAUGCCGAUCUGCUUCAAGGACCACCGGCACUUGGCUGACCCUCACGCCCGGCGUACACAGUUCCACGCGGAGCUGCCACGGAGCGAAGGCGAGCAGUUCCUCUUCUUCCUGCUGCUGGACAUCCUGCAGGAGCAUCGCAAGUACCACACCGACCGCGGCGACCUCAAGCUGGUGGAGUGUGCCGGACUACGCUGUGAGAGUGCCGGCGGACUGCGUGGCGACGGUGUCGCCUUCUCGCCAGCACGCAAGCGGCUAUUACAACGCCGACGCCUCACCACCACCACCAGCAGCAGCAGCGCAAGUAGCCGCCGUAGUAACGCCGGUGGCAGUCGACGUCCCCCCUGUGAGUUCUUCCCAAACAUCUUAUUGUCCGAGGAAAAGCGCAAUUUCAAACUGGCCGCCGGCAUUACGCUGACUAUACCACAGUGCAACGCGCUGAACACCGUCAUGAUGCAGCACAACUGCCUGGCCAAGUUCCAGACCAUCUGCCUGGCGCACUGUCGCCUGGGCAACGAGGGACUGCGCUGUCUGCGUGACGGCCUGCUGAGGCACUGCGACCGCGUGUUCAAGCUGGACCUGUCGUACACGGGCAUACGCGACACGACCGACGUCUGCAAUCUAAUCUGCACGAUGGCCGGCCACCUGAGCAAGCUGAACCUGAGCCACAACCGCGUGAGCACGCUGGACUUUGCCAGGCUGUGCCGAGUGGCAUUGAUCAGGUGCCCGGAGCUCAGCGAGGUGGAUAUCUCACACAUGGUGUACGGCGCAUCGCUGGAUGAUGUCUCCGAGGUGAUAGCCGCCUGCCGAAAGCUCUGCCUGCUGCGUGCCUCCUACAACGUGUUUGAGUACCCGACGUUGUGCGAGAAGGAUCGGUUCAGCUAUCUGUACCGAGAGCGCAGGCGUCCCAUGCUCAAGCUAGAGUUUACCAACAGUGGUGUGGAGCACCUGGUCAAAGUGCCAAUCUGGCUGCCCAAGAUCGAGCGCGAUGCCAACGAGAAGCGGGACAGAGAUCUGGAGGAGCAGCUACGCAAGCAACGGCUGGCAGAGCUGUGAGCUGUAGAGUGUGCUGAGUUGUAGAGUGUGUGUGUGUGUGUGUUUUUGUGUUUGUGUGUGUGUGUGUGUGUGUGUGUGUGUGUGUGUGUGUGCGUGCGCGCAUGUGUGCAUGCGUGUGUGUGUUUGUAUGUGUGUGCUGUAGACAGUAGAGUGUGUUGGCAGGGCAGGCACAUGCUGAGUCAUGUAUCCGUCCGCUGAGUGAGCACUUUUAGAAGCAUUCAACACACACGUGCGCGCACGCGCGCGUGCACACACACAGAGGCACGGAGGAUAAUGUUCUCCCAGUCAGCCAUUUCACUCACAGAACGGUUUCUUCUUUCAACUAAACUUACAUGCUCAUGCUCGGUGUUGGAAACAUUAUACACUGUACUUAUUAACAUGGAAAGGAUUGGGAGAACUUCAAAUUCAGGCACUUUCAGGUUCACUUCCCUGAGUGAUCAGUGGUCACUUUUAAAUUAUUUAAAAAAUAUUUAUUUAAUUUUAAUUUGAAGAGCUAUGCCAGAGUGCAAGUGCAGCUCCUGUAUGCAAAGUUAUAUGAAACUCUAGACAGUAAGUCUGGGUCAGGUUUUUGGUAACUUCAUGCUCGCAUGCAGAAACAAAGCAUCAUAGCAUGUUGUCAUUGCCAUCACGCUGCUGCUGCUACUGCUGCAUUGAUGUACUGUCACCAUUGCAAAACAAGAGGCAACUCUCCUCUCGUCUGUCUCUCUAGCUCUCUGUUUUGCAUUCCCUCUCUUAUAACAACCAUCCUCUCCAUCUUCUCUCAUUAUCAUUCUGAAGAACACGGUCAUAGAAACGUUAAU